AUGUCGACUUCCGACUCGUUUCUUAGAAGCAAAAUAGAACAAAAUAAUUUCUAUUGCAGCGAGCAACCGCAAAAGCUGCGUAAACCGGAAGUGCACAUGGUACCAGCGCUGUCAACUAUAGCACCAACCUGGUCAGGCACGGCGAUAAUAAAUUUAAACAUGGAAGAUAUAUCUCUAAAUGAUUAUAAGGGAAAGUACUUGAUUAUGUUAUUUUAUCCCUAUGAUUUCACGUUCAUCUGCCCCACAGAAAUAAUACAGUUCAAUGACCGAAUUGAGGAAUUCAAUAAAUUAGGCUGUCACUUAGUUGCGAUUUCUACGGACUCUCUGUACACACAUUUAGCAUGGAUUAUUACACCCCGGAAGCAAGGAGGUCUAGGUGAAAUGAGAAUGCCCGUUUUAUCAGAUAAAAAUCAAAAUAUAUCGAGAAUGUAUGGAAUACUCGACGAAAAAGAAGGAGUAUCUCUGAAGGGACUGUUCAUCAUCGAUAAAAACCAGUUAAUUCGACAUAUCACGAUCAAUGAGAUAUGUCUGGCUCGUUCUGUCGACGAGACUCUACGAAUUUUAGAAGCGUGUAAAUUCGUCGACGAAUUUGGAAAAACUUGUCCUGCUGGUCCGAGGGAAAGACUAAGCAUUACAAAUAACGAAUCAACCUAUUUUAAUAUAUAA